AUAAAAUAAAAAUAAUAUUUUGCUUUAUAUAUUUUGGCCCAUAUCUCAGUGCCUUUGAAAAGCUUAAACCCUGCUGCCGUGUGCAUAAACAUCAAAAAAACAAAAACCGUAAUUCGGAGAUGGCGGUAGAGAAGAACACGCUCGAAGAAGAGUCACCCGCUCAUCGCUUCUACAAGAUUGUCCUCAGUUGGGAUUACCUCCGCAUCCUUAAACAAUCCUUGGGUAAAAAAAGAGCAAGUGCUGUGGAAUUGAAGGAAGUGAAGAGCACGUAUAAAGAUGUCGAUGACUAUUUCGAUACGUUUGAGCCGUUGCUUUUUGAAGAAGUUAAAGCUCAGAUUUCUAAAGAAAAAAACGAAGAAGACGAAGAAGAAACUCAAAGCGAGUGGCAGUAUGGAAUGGUACAAGAGUGCAAUGAAGUGGAUGGAUUUCAUUUACCUACGGUGAUAACUGAUUUAGAGUCAGUAUCUCAGAAUGAUCUUUUGUUGCUCUCUAAUACCAAGUUUGAUGAUGAUGGUGAGGACAAAGGUUUACCAACUACGUAUGCCUUUGCGUUAGUUGAGCAACGUCAACGUGAUCGGAUAACACUUCGAUUAUAUUUGAGUGGAGAAGUAAAAGGAUUUAAUACAGAUGUUGUAAAUACCUGCCCGAGGCUACUAAGGAUGCUUCCUAUUGUUAGUCAAAAAGAAGGGAGUAAGCCUUUCCACGUGCGGAAGAUUUGCAGUUUAUCAACUAUAGUUCGUGAGUAUGUUGCUUUGCGGUCCAUUACCUCUCUCCCAUUCAAGGAUUUGAUAUUAGCAGCAGCGGAGAUUGAAAGUACUACUGAGGAUCGUACCUGGAAAAUAUCUAAGCCUCUAACAGAAUUUAUUAAAAGCAAUCAUAAUGAAUCGCAGCAGGAGGCUAUAAAUGCAGGUCUUUCACGCAAGCCCUUUGUUUUGAUACAGGGCCCCCCAGGGACAGGUAAAACACAAACAAUCCUUGGGAUUCUCAGUGCCAUCUUGCAUGCUACGCCAGCCAGGGUACAUUCCAACAAGGGAGCAUUAGUCGGAGUGAAACGUGGGCCAGAAUUGCCUAUUCAAGAAAAAUACAAUCACUGGGAAAAAGCAUGUCCGUGGCUAGUUGGCCUUAAUCCUAGAGAUAUGAUCAUGCCUGUAAAUGGCGAUGAUGGUUUCUUCCCCACAUCUGGGAACGAGAUGAAACCGGAAAUGGUCAAUUCCAGCCGAAAGUAUCGUGUUCGUGUUCUAGUAUGUGCUCCAUCAAACUCCGCGCUUGAUGAGAUUGUCUUGCGUCUCCUACAUACUGGCAUUCGUGAUGAAAAUGACCAUGCGUACAACCCCAAAAUUGUACGAAUAGGUCUUAAAGCACACCACUCAGUCCAGGCAGUUUCCAUGGAUUACUUGGUAGCGCAAAAACUUGCGAGCGUGGACUCUCAAGCUGGCGACAAGCAGAAGCAAGGAGGUGCAGCAAAUGAUAAAGACAAUAUCCGUGCUGCUAUAUUGGAUGAAGCAGUAAUUGUUUUUUCCACUCUGAGCUUCAGCGGAUCAGGUCUCUUCAGUAAAUUAAAUCGUGGUUUUGAUGUCGUCAUAAUUGAUGAAGCUGCUCAAGCUGUGGAACCCGCAACUCUUAUUCCACUGGCUAAUGGAUGUAAACAAGUAUUUUUGGUCGGGGAUCCAGUUCAGUUGCCAGCCACAGUGAUUUCCCCUGUUGCAACCAAAUUUGGAUACACGACGAGCUUAUUUAAAAGAUUACAGAUGGCGGGCUAUCCAGUACAGAUGCUGAAGACCCAAUAUCGCAUGAAUCCAGAGAUCAGGAGCUUUCCUUCAAGGGAGUUUUAUAAUGAAGAACUGGAAGAUGGGCCUGAUGUUGAAAAUCAAACGUUGCGCGGAUGGCAUAAAUACCGCUGCUUUGGGCCAUUUUGCUUCUUUGAUAUACAUGAAGGGAAUGAGUCAAAACCACCAGGGAGUGGUUCUUGGGUAAACGUGGACGAGGUUGAGUUUGUCUUAGCUUUGUAUAGUAAAUUGGUGAGUAGAUAUCCAGAGCUUAAGGUAAGUUCCCGCCUUGCAAUUAUAACACCGUACAGGGGUCAAAUCAAGCUCCUCAGAGAAAAGUUCCGCAGCACUUUUGGCGUGGAUUCUGAUAAAGUUGUAGAUAUCAACACUGUUGAUGGAUUUCAGGGACGCGAAAAAGACGUUGCUAUAUUUUCAUGUGUUCGAGCAAGUGAAGAUAGAGGCAUUGGGUUUGUUAAUGAUUUUAGACGAAUGAAUGUUGGUAUUACUCGAGCAAGGUCGUCUGUUCUGGUCGUCGGUUCUGCAUCAACUUUGAAAAGAUGUGAUCCGCACUGGAAGAACUUGGUAGAAAGUGCAGAGCAGAGAGAUGUAUUAUUCAAGGUUUCGAAGCCAUACGUGGACUUCUUCAACGAGGCUAACCUUAGCGCGAUGGAAACGAAGGUGGGAGAAAUGGAGGAGGAGCCUCCUGAAGAAGAUAUGUAUAUGUAUAAUAAUGUUAAUGCAAUCAAAGAUGAUGAUGCACAAGCUGAAGAUAAUGACUACUGGGGUGAUGCUGCUGGAGAUGAAGACGGUUACGCUGAUGAUUAUGGUGAGGACUAAAUAGUAAAUACUUACUUUGCAAAUUACGAGAAUUUAUUAAUGUCGCCCACUGCUAUGAAAAAUAUCUUCCCUUCUUGCACUUAUACUACUACGUAUAUAGUAGAUAUGAUGGUUAUAUUAUUUUGGCUUAUUAACGUCGUUUGCUUAUGGAACGAACGUGUAAGCUAUUUGCUUUGCGAGUGUUUUAGGUUCAAAUUUCUUGCUCUUUGAAAUUUUUGUUAUGUUAUGUUAAUUAAACCCAGUUAAGUCUCA